AGGCCUCAAAAAUAUUGUAAAUAAGAGUUAAUAAUAUAUUAUUAAUUACAAAAAUGAUGAAAAAACUCAAAAAAAUCAAAAUAUUACAACAUCACUCCACUUCCAGAAAUUCGGUUCGGUAAAUAUUCGGUAAACCGACCGAAAAACCGCCCGAAAUCGCUUCUCACGGUAUUUCGGUAAUACCGGUUGUAAACGUUUACCAGUCAUUCGGUAAUCGGUAAACCGGUUACAAACCGGUAUCGUUAAUCGGUAACCAAUUUGGCCAACUUCGGUAUACCGAAACCGGUAAAUUCGGUAAACGGUAAAUUGUUUACCGACCGAAUCCCACCCCUAAAAAUAAGACACAAGCCAACAACAAGAAUUUUUUUUUAAUAAAUCAAUUAAAAAUAGAUUGUAAGAUACUUAAAUUUAGACUAAUUUUUUUCUUCAAUUUCCUAUCUAAUAUUCGUUCUUCUAUGAUUUGUUUCUAGUCUUCGAUUCUUCUAUAUUCUACUCUCCGGCUCAAUUAAAUUCCCAUCACCAAUUCAGGUGAUUCAAGUUAAUUGAUUGUUUUUCAAUGUAUAUAUUAUUUGAAUUUUUUUUGUAAUAAUUAACGUACGUUGGCCAGGUAAUUAACUUAAAAGAGUCCUCCUUCUUGUUGUCGUGAAGCCAGUAAUUAAAAAGUAGUAGAUAAUAAAAAUAAUUAACCUUGGUAGUUGGAGUAAUUUUGUUGAUCGAUCCAAUGAGUUUAGCGGUUGCAGGCCGCAGGAGCUCCUCCCGGGCUGCCGGCUUCGGUCGACUUGGAUCCGCUUUCGCGCUGCACCUGCUCCUUCUGUUGCUUAAAUAUAUUAUCGUUUGGGUUAAGCUUUGGAAAGGCCAGAAAAAAAAAAGAGCCAGCGAGCUCUACCUUCGAGAACUUCACCCAUCAAUUUUAUUUAAAUUAACUGCCUCUUUAUUAGAUAAUUUCAUUAAUUUGAUCGAGAUUUAUCCAUUUGUCAGUACAAAUUUUUGGAUGAAUCAAGUUCGUUCCUCUGAAAAUUUUUGGAUUGAUCCAUUUUAAGUCAAUAAUAUUUGUCUGGACAAAGCAGGAAAUUCGAAUUAACUCGUUUUAUAACAUGAAAUAGUUAGUCGAAUUGUCUCGUUUUUGAAUUCAUCCUUCCAAACCAACCCAUAUAACUCGUUAUUUCUUACUAUACAUACCCAAUUAUUUUUUAAAAAAAAUCAUCAUUUUCAAAAUGUAGUCUCUUGAAUUAUAUAUAUAUAUAUAUAUAUAUAUAUAUAUAUAUAUUGGUACAAAUAUCGUGUAUUCCGCCUCUAAUAUGAUCUCGCCAUGCAUGCAUGCCAACAUGCAUUACAGCAUUCCAAAAUACUCCACACUACAUUUUGUGGCAACUCUCUUUACAUGAAGUUGAACAACUUUCACUUACAAAAACACAAGAGCUCUUGAAAUCCUUGUAUUCUAACAUUGUAUUGUGUGCUAGUGAACGAGGUUGUGGUCGAGUGGAAGUGGUUGUGCCGCUGGUUUUCAGUCUGGAGCCCUCAGAUUCAUAUCUCAGGGACGACGCUCGUAUCCCCCUUUCCCCACCCUUCUAGUAGCAUCCUAUAACAGGUCUCCGGAAAAAAAAAAAUCAGAGCUAUACAUUACUCGCCUAAUCAAUAAUUUUGUUAUUAUUAAUUACAGAUUGGGCGCGUGGGUUACUGAGUUGCGGUUCUUAAGCCUGAAUCCCCGUUCUCGAGCUGUGCCUCUUCUUGCUUUUGAUUAGGAAUCUUGUCGUCAGAGAAACAAAUCUUCGUCAGUUUUCAAUUACUCUUCUAUUAUUACGCAACCUGUCUAAUAUUCAUUCUCCAUGUGUGUUUGAUUUGCUUUAGCUAUAUCACCGAUCCCGCCGGCGACGUAUUAGUAACCUAACCCAUAUAUUUAUUACAAAAUCAGCCAACCUAAACUAAGCUAUUUAGAUUUUAGAGUAUUAUAAUUACUACCUACGAUUUACAUAUCUCAAUGAGAGAGAAAAAGCUACGCAUUUGGAUGCACAAUUAGAUCAAAGUUACACUUUCUCAUCCCACUAUGCAUAUGUAGAUAUAGAGGGUUUUUAUCCAUAGAGUUGGAGAUAAUAACUCUCUGAAACUUGUACAAAUCGUCUUAUUCGUGGUUGUUGACCUGUUUUGCCCCUAAUCCGUUGGGAGAAAAAAAGGGCCAAAACACACCCGUGGGUCGAACCGUUGCUAGGUUUUCUGGGUUGGAGUUGGUUUUCCCUUUGGUAAUUUGCGAAAUGAUCCUCUUUUUCCGAUAUUCGUCUUCGCCUAAUCAUAUCUUAAUUUGGAAUUCUAAAUUUAAUAUAUAUUGACGUUAUAUAAGUGUGUGAAUUUUUAAUAUACGUGUUGGAUCCAAAUAGACAUUCGUCCUUAUCAGUUGCCAUAGCACGCAGCAGUCAUACUUGAAUAAGCUUGAUGCAAGCUUGACAUUGAUUAAUAUUAACCCCCUUAUUAUUACUGCAACUAAUUAAGCUUAGCAUUAGUUAUAAAUUAGUCAGAAACAAAAGAUCUCGCAAUCCUUAAUUUGGACAACAUGAGAUGGGACCAAUAUCUGACAUUGUCGAACCUUCAAAUUCCUAUUUUCUUUGCCUUUUUUUCUUCUUGUUCUUUUUUUUUUUUUGACCAAUGUCUCUUUCCAUAUGUUGGAUAAACUCAUAAAAAGGGCCUCCCAACUCCCUUUUCUUCUUUACUCACUUGUUUGCUGAAUUGCAUACAGUAUUUAAAUUUGAAACAGAAAAAUAACAUCACUUCACUUCUUUUAAGAUCAACUUUCUAAAAUUUGAAAGAAAAAUCUCCCCCCAAUCUAUUGUACCAUACAGGAGAUAAAAAUUCGAAUUUACUACAUAAUUAGUAUUUCCACAGUACAGUAGCAACGAUGUAACUCAGUUAUCAUAUAUUCGAAUACUACCAAUUUAUCGUUAGAUUGGACGUUAAUAAUUCAUUAUGAAAAGGAUGAUUAAUGAUGAAAUUAUAUUUCUUCCAUUUUUUUAAGGUAACUAUAGGACAAUUGGAGAUUUUUCUCAUAUCCCACUAGCUAUAUGAAACCCAUUUUAAAUAUUAAAUAUAAAAAAAUAAUCAUUUCUUAAUCAUCUAUAUAUCUAGAGACCCAAUUGAUCAUAGAAAGGCAACAAAAAUUGAGGAAACUAUCCCCACAAGACACACACACACAUCCAUCAAUCAAUCAACCUCACAAAGAGAAAGGAAGAUGACCAAAAUCCAUGACAUGAGCACAAACAACUUCCCCUUUAAAUUACCCUACCAAGUUGAAGGGCAAUUUCCCUAUAAAUAAACCCACACCCCUCCUCUCUAUAUAAACACACACAAAUACCCUCCAUUCCAAAGGACACAUAACCCCCCACCACACAUUCAAAACACUCAAAAAAGCCCAAAACCAAACCCCCAAAAAUUAUCAAAACCAUGGCCUAUAUCAAGACUCUCCAACCUCCUCCUCCUCCUUCUUCUUCUUCUUCUUCUUCCACAGCAACAACUUCCAUAGCCACAAUGAAGAGCAUCAAAGCCCUAAUCCACAGCCUGAUCGUGGCUCACAUCUGCCGCGCCUUUCGAGCCCUCCGACGAGCCAAAUCCAUCCUCCUCCAAGCCCUCAGGGACCACAAAAACCUCCACCACUUCCCUUACCUCAUCAACAGCAAGCAGAAGAAGGUGUUCUUUGGUUCCUUCAGGCUCCACUACAACUGGGGCUCCACCUCCUCCUCCUCCCACGUCCUACCUGUCCCCGAAUCCGUCCUACGUGGCUGCCACGGCAGUACCGGUGCCGACCAGUCGUCGGAGUCCACGCUGGCAGGGUACCUCCUCUGGCUGGAAGAGAAAGACCGCCACCUCAGCAAGGCAUGCGGCGGUGGCGGGAAAGAUGGUGGUGGUGAUGACGUGGCGGCUGGAGGAGGAGGAGGAGGGGUGGUGAAUGAGAUCGACAUGCUGGCGGAGAUGUUCAUCGCCGACUGCCACGAGAAGUUCCAGCUGGAGAAGCAGGAGUCGCUGAGAAGAUUCCACGAGAUGCUGGCGAGAAGCAUGUGAGUUUGGUCGAGAUUUGCGGUGGCAAAAAAAAAAAAAAAUCAAAGAUUUCGUGAGAGUGAAGGGAAGGGAAGACAAGAAAACAAAAGGAGAGAAAUUGGGAGAGCUUUCUCGUUCUUCUAUGAGAUAAUAAAAAAAAAAAAGGAGGAGGAAGGUAUACGUUAAUUUAGACUUAAUUUAGACUUAAUUAGUUAAUUAGCUUUUUGUUUGUUCUGGGGGUUUGGUUUCUUUUGGAUCUAUUUUUGGUAAUGUAAAGGGAGGUUUGCAUUUAAUCUUUCUGUGCCCAAGUGUUUGAGAUUUAAUGCAGAUUAACUAAUUAAGUCCGCCUAGUUACAAAUUAAUUAAGUAUUUUGGGGGGGUUGAGUUAAUUGGUUAACGAGGUGUUUGGGUGGGUCAAAGUUAGUUUGGGAGAGAGUACAAUUGCAUUGCAUGAUCUACUUAACUACUACAACUAGUACCAUGCACCUUGCAUUGAGAUCAUGACAUGUCCAUAGGAUGGGAAUGAGUAACCAGGUGUCGUCGUUGCGUAGUGAGCGAUAUAUAAUUGUGAACGAUAUAUAAUCGUACGCAACUGCAUUCAUUCAAAACUAGUUGAUAAUCUGCGAGAUAUAGAUGUUAUAUAGGGGAUGAUCAGGACUUAGGGAGUCAUUUGAGCUAGCUGAUUUGACUGAUUGAUUCUAACUGUAAAUCAGUCCAUUGGUUGAUUUCGCGUUGAAAUAUAUCGUUGAAAUAUAUCGAUUUGUAGUUUGAUUUUUCAUAUUCUUCCAACCUACCCGUAUAUUUAAGAUAUACUCAUCUCAAAAUGAUUUAUAAUUAUGGAUAUUUUUAAUUACUAUCUCUAUGAAUUAUUAUUAUUAUAAAGUAAUGAAAAAUAAAAAGACAAAGUAGGAAAGAUAAUAUGGUCUUUUAAUCAUAAGAUUCACAAUGCACUCACUCUCGAUAUACUGGUUAAAAUAUUUCAUUCUACACAAUUACAUUUUCACAAUUUGCCAUUCCUUAAUUAUUUCGAAAACUAUCUUCAGAAUCAGCCACUUUUGGCAAUCCAACUAUUAAAAAAAUAACCUAAUUAAUCGUUUGCACAUUGCAUGAAUUAAGAAUUGGUUAACCCAUAUCACUAUAAUUUAUAACUGGAAUGGAUGACUUGCUUAUUAGCUUGUCCAGUCUUUUUUGAGAUUGUGAUCUUAAAAGUAAAAUUUUGAGUAAUUACUUACUAACUUUACUAGAUCCAACAAAUUUUGAAAGCGAUUUUCCAAGAAAUUUGACAACAUUGUUUAAUGAUCCAUAGAAGUCAAAAAGUGCUCACUCUUCAAGACAUCUACGAAUUAAAAUAAGAAAAGGGUACUAAUUAAUUAAAGGGAAUCAUAUAUUCUAAUCUUCUUGCUAAUUGAGUGUCACUCCACUCCUGGUGAAGAUGAUGCAUAUAAAUUACUAAUUAAUUUAUUAGCAAAUGGAGCAAUCUGUGCCAAUGAUUAUUAAUAUUUUAGUGGUGUUCUGCAGUGCAAUCAAAUACUCUACUAGCUUCUUGAUUUCAGUUUGGAGUAGGUUUGUGUAGGUAGGUAUUUCAACAUCUCUACCUCAACUUCUGGGAAAAAGCUACAAGCUUUAUUAUAUAUGAUGCUUUAAUUCAAAGUUAAAUGCGAAAACAACCAAGAAAAAGAGAACAGUUUCGAUUCUAUAUAUAUGACAUAGCAUGAACCUCCGCUCGAGCGUAUUCUAGCCUGAAUCAUAUAUUAAUUGUGUUCGGUUGGGAAAAAUGCUGAGUCCAUAUUUUUGUUAGUAAUGGCAGUUAGCUGCUCGUUUCCUUUUAUUCUCUUGUGUGCGUUCCUUUAUUCCAUAACUUGCUUUUUUUUUCCCACUGCUUUUCUUUCUUUGUGGUAAUUAAAGAGUGAGUAAAAUGGAUAAAGAACUUUGUUGGUACACAGUAACACUAGUGUGCGGAUGAGAAUCGAAUCAAAUUUUUGUUCCAUUGGUCUCCUUGUUUCCUUGUUUGCGCACCAUCUUCAUCAAUAAGCUACUACUCUACUUCUUUGCCUGUUUAAUGCAAUGAUUGUGAAAUGGUACCAAAAAAAAUAUUUAGGAAAAGUUAAUUAUACGAUAUUUUGUACUAAGUCGAUACUCGAUAUUUCCUAAUCUGAUAAGCCGAUACGGUAGAGCUUCUAAUAUAUUGGUUGUAAUGUUUAUCCAUUCCACUAAGAAAAAGUUGGUGUUUUUAUUAGGUUAAAUACACUUGUAUAUCCAAAACUUUCACGGUUGUGUCAAUAAUAUCCAAAUUUUCCGAAAUACCACUUAUAUCCAAUUCUUUCACAUUCUUUAACGGUGUUUUUGGAUAUACAAGUGUAUUUAAUAAAAAAUAUAUUGGGAAAUAGAUAUAUUUGGCAAAGAACAACUUUAAAACACGGAUAUAAGUGGUAUUUCGGAAAAUUUGAAUAUUAUUGACACAACCAUGAAAGUUUUAGAUAUACAAGUGUAUUAAACCUUUUUAUUAUCACUCCUCGGAAUCGUUCAGAUACAGAGAGAACAAUAGAGUCAAGAAGCUCUAGAAUGUAACCAAGAACAGAAGCUAGUCGAACCUCCUUAAUAUGGAAGGCGACAAGAUUAGAGUAUGAUGGGCCACAUUCGAACUCUACCUAUGAUUUCAUAACAGUUAGAAAAAGCUAACACUAAGCCCAAACUAGAGCACCGGAUAGGCCAAUGCUACGGUGCCGCGAUAAAAAAUGCGGUACCGGUAACGCUGUUUUUAAUUGGUCCAUGUGGACUGUAAAUCAGUGACAUGGCGUGGCUUGGUUUAUUAAAUUCCAACCAAUCUAGCCCAGGCCCAGACCAUCCAUCUCGAACUAACGUGGGAAAAAUGAUCUGUUAUAUGUAAUUUUCUGUUUUCUCUUUCAUUAACUGAAUUAAAAUUGAACUUUAAAAUUUGCACCUACAAUUUUUUGGCAGAAACUCGAAGAAGAAUCCAAAGAGAGGCGAAGUUCCUCUUCUUCCUCGACCACUCUCUCCGGAAGUCUCUCCGAAAUCAGCUCCGGCGACUUCUCCAUCGUCCAUCCCAUCUCCAGCAUCGAUCUAAGACCUCGUUUGAAAUCCUUUAUUAUUUCCCCCUACAUCUAUAUUGUAGAGCAUAGGCAAAAAUCUGACCUUGAAACUGAUAAUCAAGUCACAACCUUAGGGCUUAGGAUCCAUGGAGUUCGCCCGAGUGUCCUCUGGUGGUGAGCGGGGAGUCAGCGGUUUUCUGUAAUGGGCAAGGAAGAGGGUGGCAUAGACUCAGGUCGUUGUUGGCGGUGAUGAUUCUAACGACGUGGGCUACUCCGAUUGUAUGAAGUCCCCGAAUGCAACUUUGCACAAGGUCGAUUGCUCGGAUUUGGGUGUAUUUUGGGACUGUUUUUGCCUUCAUCUAGUUCAAAAUUGCUGGAUUUUAGGCUAUUUGUUAUAUAAUACGGUACUAAGAUUGGAAGUUUUUUCCUUGUGCUACUUCAUUUUCUGGUUGGUGAUACUUCUGUGUAAUUAACUGUUGUUGCCUUGCUGGUGUUUAUUGCAGGCUUUCUUAUUUAUCUUGUAAAGAAAUACUUAUUGGCAUAGUUCAGAUUAAUACAAGUUAUGUUGUCUAUAUAUUAUGUACUAGAUGUCUACAUAGAUGCUUGUGAGGUUCUGAUGAUAAAUGUACGUUUACAAAGACAAGUAAGUUUAGAUAUGUUGGCCAUUGCACUCUUUCACUCCAUAUCAAUGUCGAUGACUUUGCGGCAGUUACUGGCUUGAGGAAUGAAGAAUGAAACUUACUCACACAAAUAUUGCAUUUGAAUGUAAAUCGUGGCCAUCCAGACGUCAUCACAAUUGGUGCUUCGGUAAGUACCUCUUAAUUCAUCAAGUUUCUUCCUCUCUUGAUACAUGUCACAAUAGGACUUGGAACAAACAUGAAACCAUAUCUUUUACGUACAGUUUAAGAACACUGAUGAUGAUUAAAGAGAUUAAAUUAGUCUCGGCUGUUCUGAGAUGCUUACCAAAUAUAUCUUUGCAUCUGAUUAAGCCAUUCUAAAUGUAUAGAGUCCGCAGUGCAAGACUGAUGUCUUUCAUCAUCUCAAACAGAAACACACCAUGAGUAAAGAAAAGGAAAACAACAUAUUCGUCAUCAAAGACGUAGAUGGUAAAGAUAUAAGUAGUAACCUACAGAUGACACCCUAGUUGCAGUGGUAUUGCUGCUUUGAGAUCUGGGAAAAUAGAUUAGGUUGCAUGGUAUAAGGUUGAAAGUUUAAUCAGAAAACUCCCAAGUGAAGAACUUGAGUAAGAUAAGAGUAGAGUAUUGGAGCAGUGAAAAUGUAUGAACUCUCACCCAUUUCAUUUGAAACCCACCUUCCUCCAUUCCUUCUUUCCUCUCUUCAGCUGCCCACAUGAAAUUUUCCCAGGAACCAAGAAGACAAAUAAAGAGCGUCUCAUAACCAAUCCCUAUAGGUACUGGCUGCCAACUGGUUAGCUUAGAACCAUUGUGCGUUGUUAGGCGCUCUCCGGAAUUGCCCAUAGCUGGCCUGUCCAAUUCCCUCCCGGCUCUUAGCUAGUAUUGUCACUGUUCGCAGCACUGUAACUGCCCAUUCUUGCGGUUCAUGGCACUCCUGAUGCCGAAGCCGCUAAUGCCCAGCCGCUCGGUUGAUUUUCCUCGCCUCGUCGGCGCUGUCCGCUUCUGACGCCUAGUUCGUCAUAGGCACGAGAAGGUUGCACGCCACAAAGCUAUGUUCGAGCGCCGAGUACCUCAAUUCAGGUGCCGAGCCAUCUCUAUCUCCAUUAACGUCUAUGAUAAUUGUAUUUGGAGACAGGUUGGUGGGAGUCCAUUAGGUCAACGGAUUUAUGUUGUCAAGCCUUGUGUACUUGGUGGAGCUUGGAAAUUAAAGGGAUUUUCGCUGCAUAUCAUCUAAAGUUCAUAGCUGGGACUAAAGUUACUGGCCACCAACUAGUUAGCUUAGAACCUGAAGGCAGAGCAAUGUAAUGUUCAUAUCGGUGUACGUAGUUGUGUUCCAUAAUCAACCGAAUCAAAAGUCAUUAAGUCA